GCGGCUUGAGCCGCCGCCACACUGACAGCUCGGUCUGCGGACCAUGGAGACCAGAGCCGGCCCACAUCCGCUGCGCCAGUUUGUCUGCCUGAUGCCGCUCUGUCUCGCCUUGCUUUUGGGACCAGGGAGGCCCGGGACUGCCGAGGAAGUCAUCCUCCUGGAUUCCAAAGCCUCCCAGGCUGAGCUGGGCUGGACUGCACUGCCAAGUAAUGGGUGGGAGGAGAUUAGCGGCGUGGACGAACACGACCGUCCCAUCCGCACAUACCAGGUGUGCAACGUGUUGGAGCCCAACCAGGACAACUGGUUGCAGACUGGCUGGAUCAGCCGUGGCCGAGGGCAGCGCAUAUUCGUGGAGCUGCAGUUCACACUGCGCGACUGCAGCAGCAUCCCCGGAGCCGCGGGCACCUGCAAGGAGACUUUCAAUGUCUACUACCUGGAAACCGAAGCCGAUCUGGGCCGCGGGCGUCCCCUCACAGCGGGCAACAGGCCCCGCAAGAUUGACACGAUCGCGGCAGACGAGAGCUUCACUCAGGGGGACUUGGGCGAACGCAAGAUGAAGCUGAACACAGAGGUGCGGGAGAUUGGUCCGCUCAGCCGGCGGGGUUUCCACCUGGCCUUCCAGGACGUGGGCGCAUGCGUGGCGCUGGUCUCCGUGCGCGUCUACUACAAGCAGUGCCGCGCCACGGUGCGGGGCCUGGCGGCGUUCCCAGCCACCGCAGCCGAGAGCGCCUUCUCCACGCUGGUGGAGGUGACCGGAACGUGCGUGGCGCACUCAGAAGGGGAGCCCGGCAGCCCCCCGCGCAUGCACUGCGGCGCCGAUGGCGAGUGGCUUGUGCCCGUGGGCCGCUGCAGCUGCAGUGCGGGAUUCCAGGAACGUGGUGACAUCUGUGAAGCCUGUCCCCCAGGGUUUUACAAGGUGUCCCCGCGGCGGCCCCUCUGCUCGCCCUGCCCCGAGCACAGCCGGGCCCUGGAAAACGCUUCCACGUUCUGCGUGUGCCAAGACAACUACGCGCGCUCACCCACCGACCCGCCCUCGGCGUCCUGCACCCGGCCGCCUUCGGCGCCGCGGGACCUGCAGUACAGCCUGAGCCGCUCGCCGCUGGCGCUGCGGCUGCGCUGGCUGCCGCCGGCGGACUCGGGCGGCCGCUCGGACGUCACCUACUCGCUGCUGUGCCUGCGCUGCGGCCGCGAGGGCCCGGCGGGCGCCUGCGAGCCGUGCGGGCCGCGCGUGGCCUUCUUGCCGCGCCAGGCGGGGCUGCGGGAGCGCGCCGCCACGCUGCUGCACCUGCGGCCCGGCGCCCGCUACACCGUGCGCGUAGCGGCGCUCAACGGCGUGUCGGGCCCGGCGGCCGCCGCGGGAGCCACCUACGCGCAGGUCACCGUCUCCACCGGGCCCGGGGCGCCCUGGGAGGAGGAUGAGAUCCGCAGGGACCGAGUGGAGCCCCAGAGUGUGUCCCUGUCCUGGCGGGAGCCCAUCACUGGAGCCCCGGGGGCCAACGGCACGGAGUAUGAGAUCAGAUACUACGAGAAGGGUCAGAGUGAGCAGGCUUACUCCACGGUGAAGACAGGGGCACCUGCAGUCACCGUCACCAACCUGAAGCCGGCUACCCGCUACGUCUUUCAGAUCCGGGCAGCUUCCCCUGGGCCCUCCUGGGAGACCCAGAGCUUCAACCCCAGCAUCGAAGUGCAGACCCCAGGGGAGGCCGCCUCCAGGUCCAGGGACCAGAGCCCUGCAGUCGUCGUCACCGUGGUGACCAUCUCAGCCCUCCUCGUCCUGGGCUCUGUGAUGAGUGUGCUGGCCAUUUGGAGGAGGCCCUGCAGCUAUGGCAAAGGAGGUCGGGACGCCCAUGAUGAAGAGGAGCUGUAUUUCCACUUCAAAGUGCCGACCCGCCGCACGUUCCUGGACCCCCAGAACUGUGGGGACCCGCUACAGGCUGUUCACCUGUUUGCCAAGGAGCUGGAUGCGAAAAGCGUCACGCUGGAAAAGAGCCUUGGGACAGGGCGGUUUGGGGAGCUGUGCUGCGGCUGCCUGCAGCUGCCCGGCCGCCAGGAGCUCCGCGUGGCCGUGCACACGUUGCGGGAGGGCUGCUCCGACUCCCAGAGGCUCAGCUUCCUGGCGGAGGCCCUCACCCUGGGCCAGUUCGACCACAGCCAUGUGGUGCGGCUGGAGGGCGUGGUCACCCGAGGAAGCACCUUGAUGAUUGUCACCGAGUACAUGAGCCACGGGGCCCUGGACGGCUUCCUCAGGCGGCAUGAGGGCCAGCUCAUGGCCGGGCAGCUGAUGGGGCUGCUGCCCGGCCUGGCGUCGGCCAUGAAGUAUCUGUCGGAAAUGGGCUACGUCCACCGGGGCCUGGCAGCCCGCCGCGUGCUGGUCAGCAGUGGCCUCAUCUGCAAGAUCUCCGGCUUUGGCCGGGGACCUCGGGACCGAGCAGAGGCUGUCUACACCACCAUGAGUGGCCGGAGCCCGGCGCUAUGGGCCGCCCCUGAGACACUUCAGUUUGGCCACUUCAGCUCCGCCAGCGAUGUGUGGAGCUUCGGUGUCGUCAUGUGGGAGGUGAUGGCCUUUGGGGAGCGGCCCUACUGGGACAUGUCUGGUCAAGACGUGAUCAAAGCUGUGGAGGACGGCUUCCGGCUGCCACCCCCCAGGAACUGCCCCAACCCCCUGCACCGACUGAUGCUUGACUGCUGGCAGAAGGACCCAGGGGAGCGGCCCAGGUUCUCCCAGAUCCACGGCAUCCUGAGCAAGAUGGUGCAGGACCCAGAACCCCCGAAGUGUGCUGACACCACCUGUCCCAGGCCUCCCACGCCCCUGGCGGACCGUGCCUUCUCCACCUUCCCCUCCUUUGGCUCCGUGGGCGCGUGGCUGGAGGCCCUGGACCUGGGCCGCUACAAGGACAGCUUCGCUGCUGCCGGCUAUGGGAGCCUGGAGGCCGUGGCCGCCAUGACUGCCCAGGACCUGGUGAGCCUGGGCAUCUCGUCUGCGGAACACCGGGAGGAUCUCCUCAGCGGGAUCAGUGCCCUGCGGGCCCGGGUUCUCCAAAUGCAGGGCCAGGGGGUGCAGGUGUGAGUGGCCCCGCCCUUCCUGGCCAGGACCCCAGGGGGGCUCUAGCCCCCUAGCCCUGCCAGGGAUCCUGGCAAACUGUGCUCCACUUGUGUGUAAGUGAGCGCUCUCUUCCUCCACUUGGGCCCAGAGCUUGUGCGGGGCCAUGGUUCCCCCCAUUUCACUGCCUUUUCCUCCCAUUUGCCCCAGUCUGAACACCUUGGCUGACUCAGUCCCUCUGGCAAAAAGAUUCAAAACCUGGGGAGGACCCCUGAAAUUAUAGUGGGAGGAAAUUCAGGGUCUCAGAGACCAAGGUGGGCAGGGGCAGGGAGGAAGACGUAGCUUUAAAUCACCCGGUUCAUGCCCCUCGGUCUUCCACACCCACUGGGAUCUGGGGCCUACCCCAGUGGGUGCCCCAUUUUCCCACAGACCAUUGGCCAGCAGCCAGCAUGGGCCCCUGAUGUGCUGAGCUACUGUUAGACCUCACAGUGGCCACAGCUGCCUGGCAGCCCAUUAUGACGGGCCACGGGUCCUCAGCUCCCUCGGCUCCAGCUGGGACGUCUGGACCCUGGUCCGGAGGCCCAGGCAGGCAAAGCUGGUGCUGUGUCAGGGGCUGGACCCCACAGGCCCUAGACUCAGGAGCUGAUUUCUGCUUCCCCUACCCUUGGGCUGACUGUCUGGGGUGAGUGUGAGGGUCCUGGUGCUCCCGAGGCCCCUCUAGGCCUCCCCUUUGCAUUCUUUUUAUUAACUCAUUGGCCAGGGUAUCUGGGAAGAGCACGAGGGGAGGUGUUUUCUCCCUGGGGCCCCAAGAGCUUUGCUCCCAAGGCUUGGGGGUUGGUGAGGAUAUGACUCUCCAAGAUAGAGCUUCUCUCUCUUAACAGGCUGGUCUGACAUUCACCGUACAGGUGGGAAAACCAAGGGCCAGAGCUGGCGUUGAACCCUUGUUCCCAGCUCUCUAUCCAGGGCUGAGGUUGGCUCUGGAGAGUCCUUAGUCCUGCCUUGUAAAACCAAUACUCUUUCCCAGGGCAGCCCAGGAAAGGUAACCCAGCUCCGCCCCCUGCACCACCCAGCCUCCCAUGGAGUGCCUCCUCCCUCCGACCUCUGCGGAGCUCUGGCAGAACUGACUGCACUGAGCUGACUCCAGAGGUCCUUAUCCAAGAGGGCUUCCCAGAGGCAGGUGUGAUGAUGAGGCCAGGGUUUUCAUAGGACAGCAGAAAGGCAACUAGUUCUGGAUAGGGUCACCCCUGACAUAUGCCUGCUCUGGAUUUGGCUGCGUGCGAUAGGGGUUGGAAGGAGACCAAAGCUGCAGGAAGGGGUGAAUGAGACACAGCCAGUCCUUGGAGGGCUCAGGCAAAGCAGAGAGAUGAGUUCAGGUUCCUAGAAGUACUAUACGUCCCCCACAGGAGACCUUGGGGCCUGUAGGCUGGUGGGUGGGAGGGGCAGAUGGAUGCUCUUGAUGUGUGUCUAUGGAGGGCUGGAAAGGUUCCCUGGCUGGGAGUCUGACGCAUACAUUGAACAGGGCCUUGGAGGUGGUUGGGGGAGGGCUCUUUCCUGAGGGUCGGUGGAGUUUUCCACAGGCCAAGAUGGAGAGCCUAGGAUACGAGGAGUCCAAGCAGAGGCACCAGCAUGAGAAGGAGCCUGAGGCUGGAAGAUGCAGCGCAUCUUUGGGGAGCACCCAGUUGUGGGGGGAUGGUGCCUCCCAGCAGUGCCUUUGGCCUCGCUCUGCCAGCAGGGCAGGAGUCCCUCCACCACGUCCCCCAUCUCCUGAGCACCUGCCCCAGCUCAGUGUCCUUGGGGCCACUAGGGGAGGCCGAGAUACUGCUUCCACCUUUGACAGGGCUGGAGGGCCCCACGCCAGUGCUCUCCAGGCUCUGCCCCCACUGCCCCCAGGGAAGCCUGGGAAGGACACACCAGCAUCCUAUCUCAGUGGAGGGAGCCUCAUCCCUGUCUCCAGCUACAUCAUACAUCAGUCAUGCUCUGAAGGUCAAAGUGCCCUCCCCACGCUGUUCCAGAGUGCCCUGGCUAUGUUGGCAGGACUUCGGUGUCCAGGGUAGACCUCCCUUUCACUGAGUGAGGUCCCAGAAUCCUGAAGGGUCCCAGGUCUCAGCCCUGCACAGGUGCCGGCGUGAUGCGGGCUGAUGGCUCCCUGGGAGCCCUCUACAGAUCUAUUUUUAUAUGGAACUUAUUCACUGGAUAGAGAGAGGUGGCCUGCAAGCCCCCAGCACCCCUAUCUGAGCCCAUCCAGGGAGGGAAGGGGCUGGUUGGGGGGUGGGGGAAGUGGUUCCAUUAACUAAUUCUGGAGAUGUUUUUAUAUUUCUUGAGUUCUA